GAACUCUUAGAAGUUCCAGCCACGUGGCCAGUAUUAAAAGUCACUGUGAAAGGGUUGAUGGAUGAUGAUGGAAGUAGACCCUCCAGUAAGUGCAAGUGCAGAGGCUGUGCAGAGAAUAAGGACAAGGAUAGAACUGGGGGAGCACUCUAUCAUUAAUACACACAGCUCAGAUUUUCCCAGUAACUACCCGGGCUUUGACGAUGCUUGGAACAUCAAGAAAUUCAAGAAGGGUUUCCGUGUCGACGUAGUGAGUCUGAGCGAUGAGGAGAUGGAGUUUGACAUGAUAGGAGUAGACCCGGCAGUGGCCAAUGCCUUUAGAAGAAUACUCAUUGCAGAGGUACCCACUAUGGCCAUUGAGAAGGUCUACAUCAUCAACAACACCUCUCUCAUCCAGGACAAUGUACUAGCACACAGAUUUGGACUAAUACCACUCAAAGUUGAUCCAAGGCUAUUCAAGAUGCCUCCACCGUUGGAGGAGGGUGCUCCAUUGCCAGGUGUUCCGUCACCUGAUCAAAUAGUGGAGUUCAACCUCAAAGUGAAGUGCAAACGUAACCCUAAGGCACCUAAAGAUUCAGAAGAUCCCAACGAACUGUACAUCAACUCAAAAGUGUUGUCAGCUGACAUGAAGUGGGUGCCCCUUGGAGACCAGGCCUCAAGACUGGAGGACGUCAGACCAGUACUCGACGAUAUUGUCAUUGCCAAGCUCCGACCCGGUCAGGAGGUUGAUGUGAGGCUGCUGUGUGUGAAGGGGAUCGGACAAGACCAUGCCAAGUUCUCUCCAGUUGCCACAGCUUCAUACCGCCUCCUACCUGAGAUAAUCCUCACUCAACCUGUGACUGGAGCCAAUGCUAAGAAACUGGCAAAGUGUUUUGCAAAGGGUGUGAUCAAGGUAGUGACGAGGGAGGAUGGAAAGUCCUGUGCUGAGGUGGUGGAUCCAAGGAAGGACACAUGCAGUAGAGAGGUGCUUAGGCAUGAGGAGCUGAAGGACUGUGUGAGACUGUCUAGAGUUAGGGACCAUUUCAUCUUUUCCGUGGAAUCAUCGGGUGCUUUACCACCGGACACACUGAUGGUGGAGGCAAUAAAGGUUCUCAGAGAGAAGUGCACACACUUCCUGGAGGAACUUAAUGAAUUAACUGGACAGUAAUAAUAUUAUUAUUAUGUGUUGUACAGCCUAAAUCAUCCGCGUCUUCUUAUUGAGGUUACGUGCAAGUGGGAGAGUCUGCUACAUUUUUUGCUAAGUAUAUCAACCCUCCCACUCACUAGCACAACAAACAAUCAUUGUUUGAGAAUGAAAGCCUUGCUGCUCUGUGCUCUAGUGCUGUGCUGUGGUCUACAGGCAGCUCAAUGCUGCUCUUGCGUUUCAUAUGCCUUAUCACGAUCCAGACCAACAGCCAUAAGAGAUAACUUUUGUUUCAGCUCUAUGGUGUACUCUGCCCGGGUAGUCGGUGCAGUGUGUAACUGCGUCAUGGGGUUCACUAACCUGUGUGUUAACUACACCACUCGAGCUGACUCCACGCUGACCGCUGAGGUGAUUACCAUGUGUGAGGGUGCCAGCUUUAGUAACUUCGACAUGUGCGCUGAUCUCAGCAGUGCAUUAGCUGUCAACACAGCUAUAAUGAAUGUGUCUGGCCUACCCACUCGGAACUUGACAGCAGAGUUUGGCAGGUGUCCAAACCGUCACGUGUGCCCAUUCAAUAACGUCACCAAUGACUACGACACUAUGAACAACCCGUGCCAGUAUACUCUGGAGCUAAUAGAAGUGUUCAAGCCUAUAAAUACCACUUUUAACAACCCAUUGAUGGCGAAUGGACCUGAUGUUCUCACAUCAUGUGGUAACUAUGGUAGACGUCUAAGCAUUGGCGAGACGUAUCUGGUUGGAGUGGGUGGGGCUUGCAACCCCAUCUCUGCGUGGUCGACUCUAGAUACCUACUCUGAUAGUGAGCUGAGUCUCCUCCGAGGCCUAAGUGCUAACACGGGGCUGGUGUGUGGGGCUCUGGGUACAAUGCCCUCCAUCGUGACUCUAGUGCUCUCAGUGCUCCUCAUCCUCACAAUGGUGGUGGUCUGAACUUCACAUUUUUUUCCGUGUCUACUAUAAUUAUACUCUAAGCUAUAUAGCUUCAUACGAUCAUUGUUUUAACCCAUAAAAUUAUUAUGACUGUAAAAUAUAACACUAUAACUUACAAUUAUUGUCAAUAUAAUUAUUAUUAUGAUGAUAAUAAUAUUACUGUAAAA